AUGACUAGCCCUCUACGAUUGACUGUUCGGUUCUCAACGUCGCAUCCCGAUCUUGAUCUCGAUGUUCCCGAACCGCACAAUGCGACGCCCCUGUCUCUGAAGCGUAUCUUGCGCGAGCGCCUCAACACGCAAUCCCGCCUUCGCCUCAUACACCAAGGCCGCCUGCUACCAGACACGGCUGCUCUGAGCUCCUGUAUCACACCCAUCUCCGUGCCUGACAGCGAAGACACCCAGCGCGACCAUGAUCCAAAGGGCAAGCGGAAGGUUGGCGAGCCCGUGCACAGGACAUACAUCAGCUGCGGCUUGGGCGAUGCACUCACCCCGGAGGAGCUCGAGGCAGAAGCUCGGGGGGCAGACAAGCCGCCCGUUGCGACGACGAUGAGUCGUUCCACACCAGUUCCCUCCACGCGACCACGCCCUCGUGGUUUCGACCGCUUCCUGAGCCAGGGGUUCACGACAUCCGAGGUCGCCACGCUACGGACGCAGUUCCAGUCCCUCAAUCAUGUAUCGCGGUCGUCGCCCCCAAGCCCCGAUUCGCUCCGCACAAUGGAAGAUGCCUGGAUAGACUCUAACGCCAGUGAUCCGGCCAAUUUGCAGGUGGCUGAGGACCAUGGGCUCAGCGAGGGGCAUUGGCUGGCCAUGGCCAUGGGCUUCUUCUGGCCGCUCGGAUGCGUUACCUGGGCCGUCAGACAGCAAGAUAUAUGGGCCGAGAGAUGGGCGGCCUUUGUCGUCGCCGGCGCUAUGCUGGGAGUGCUGACGGGAUUCAUCAUGAUGCUCUCGGCCGACACGUAUUGA